AUGUCUGACGACGAAGAGGACUAUUCUAAGCUUCACUCCGAUAGAAAUCGAAAGAAAAGAAAAGCUGGAGGAUGGCAGUCGAUGGGACUCGAUCAUGCGAUUUUCAAAGGCAUCGAGAGAAAAGGUUUCAAGCAGCCAACACCUAUCCAGAGGAAGACAAUUCCAUGUAUUCUUGAUGGUAAAGACGUCGUGGCGAUGUCUCGUACAGGAAGUGGAAAGACGGCCGCAUUCGUUAUUCCCAUGUUGCAACGAUUGAAGCACAGGGACACCAAGGGCAUUCGUGCUCUGUUGGUUUCACCGACUAGGGAACUCGCACUUCAGACAUUUAAAGUAGUUAAGGAGCUUGGACGGUUCACUGGCUUGCGCUGUGCCAUCCUUGUCGGAGGAGACGCUAUUGAAGACCAGUUCUCCACUAUUCAUGAAAACCCUGAUAUAUUAAUUGCAACCCCGGGACGUCUCCUUCAUGUCAUAGUCGAAAUGAAUCUCCGACUCGGUUUCGUACAAUACGUGGUAUUCGAUGAAGCGGAUCGGCUGUUCGAAAUGGGAUUCCAGGAUCAGUUAAUAGAAACUCUUAAGCGAAUUCCAGAAUGUAGGCAAACGUUGCUUUUCUCUGCCACACUUCCGAAAAUCUUAGUGGAUUUCGCAAAAGCAGGAUUGACAGAUCCGAUGUUAGUUCGCCUUGAUGUCGACGAAAAGAUUUCGGAUCGUUUGUCAAUGGUAUUCGCACUAUGUAGGGUUGACGAAAAACUUGCUGUUUUGCUACAUUUGUGCAGACAGAUGAACGCUGAGAACAGUCAAACUCUGGUGUUUUGUGCUACAAUGAAGCAUGUCGACCAGCUUGAUGCCACUGCUCGAAAACUAAACAUCGCAAGAUUCACCGAGAGGAAGAAUAAUAUCCUCAUUGUAACUGAUGUUGCUGCGCGCGGUGUGGAUAUUCCUCUCCUUGAUACGGUUAUAAACCUUCACUUCCCACCUAAAGCGAAAUUGUUCGUUCAUCGUGUCGGUCGUGUGGCACGAGCAGGACGAAGUGGAACUGCCAUUUCGCUUAUUGCUCCUGAUGAGCUUCCGUAUCUCACCGACCUCUUUCUCUUUUUAGGAAAGCCAAUGCAGUUUGCCCGUGACGAUGAUAAAUACGAUAAAGAAAUCACUCUUAUUGGAAAAACACCUGAGAGCAUUGUUGGUCUCGAGUCAGAUUUCUUCAAUUCGAUUCAUGACAAUAAUGAAGAGAUGCUUGAUCUUCAAAAAAAGGCAGCAAACGCCAUGAUGCGUUUUACGCGGACUCGUCCUCCACCGUCUGCUGAGUCAGCUAGGAGAGUGAAGGAGGAGUUAAGGAUGAAGCUGUCGGAAUGUUCUUCUCAUCCUUUCUUACGUACAGCUGGUGAUAGUCAGCAGUACAGUAUAGUUAACAAAUUGGCAAAUUAUAAGAGCUCUGUGACAAUUUUUGAGCUGAAUGUUGGGAAUAAAUCUUAUCCUGCUGCUGUAAUGAAAGAAAAGCGACGUCAACACCAAGAACGCAUUCGCCAAAUGAGUGAGAUCACUACCUUGAGGAAGGAAGUCCUUUCUAAUAAACAAGAUUGCAACCGUGAGGUAGCAGAACGUUCAAAUGAUGAGCAAGCAAAUGAAGCAGAAAUUGCAAAGGUAUUUACGGAGGUAAAGGUACUGUAUUUUCCUCUUAAAACUUUUUUUUCUCUAGCUCCUAUUAUUAAACAUCUAGCACUCGAUAAGGUAGAUUUUGCACGGCAAGCCGAUUGCGCAGUAGUGGAGAUAUUCGCAGAUGAUGACAAAGGGAUGUAUAGACAAAAUCACGUAAAAAGAUGGGAUCGAAAGAAAAAACGAUUUGUUGGAAGUGCUGGUGAUGGUGAAGAUAUCAAGAGAAUACGUACCGAGGAUGGCACAUGGCUUCCAGCAUCCUAUAAAACGGGACGUUACGAAGAUUGGAAGAAAAAACAGAAACUCGGCUACAAGAAGGUCAUAGUGGUGCUGCAUGGGUUUUUCCUUUAUUUUCCUAAGAGCUAA